GACGCGUCCGCGUGCAGCAUCGAGCCCCCGGAUCGUGCUGCCCGGAGGAGCCAGGUCGAGCCAUGCCUGCCGCCGGGGGCCGGCCGGGGCGAGCUACGAACUGUCGCGGCCGUUCCUGGCGCGGCGGGCCCCACGCCCCGCGCACCAUUUCGGAUUGGGGCUCUGACGCCUCCUUUCGGUUUCGCUUUUCCUUCCUCCAGAUUAUUAUUUAAAGCCAUCUCCGUUGCGUUCAGAGACAGAGAGAGCAAAGGCGGAGCAGCCAACAACCAGAGGCGCCCGAGGGAGACGAAGCUCUUGAGAGAAUUGGGAGGUAGUAGAGAGCAAGGAGGAUGGAACAGGAGGAGGCGUGCUCGUCUUCUUCCUCCAUGGCCCUGAGCCUGAGGCAGUGCAGGAUUUGCCAUGACGAGGAGGACGAGAGCGGCGCGACCAUGGAGUCGCCCUGCGGGUGCUCCGGCUCCCUCAAGUACGCGCACAGGGGAUGCGUGCAGCGGUGGUGCGACGAGAAGGGGAGCACCCUCUGCGAGAUUUGCCUUCAGAAUUUCGAGCCUGGCUACACCGUUCCUCCCAAGAAGAACCAGCCUGCCGAUGUCGCGGUCACCAUCAGAGAGAGCCUGGAGGUGCCCAGGCCGAACUACCAGCCGGAGGAGGAGGACGUCGACGCGGCUUUGGCCGGCGCCGGCGACCCAGAGUACGCCGAGUGCGCCCGCGCCGCCGGCAGGAGCGCGUCCUGGUGCCGCUCGGUGGCCGUGACGUUCACUGUCGUGCUGCUGCUGAGGCACCUGGUCACCGUGGCGACGGUCGGAGCGGCGAACCAGUUCGCCUUCAGCCUCCUGACGGUGUACUUGCUGCGGGCGAGCGGGAUCCUGCUGCCGUUCUACGUCGUCAUGAGGCUCAUCUCCGUGAUCCAGCAGGGACAGCGGCAGUACCGCCUGCAGGUCCUCCAGGAGCAGAGGAGACACGCGUUGAGAUUAGCCCGGCUGCAGGGUCAGGAACAGCAGCAGCAUGCCAUCCUGGUUCGUUGAAGACGAAGAAGGCAUCCAUCAGGUGUUCAUAUAUCUUGUACAAGGUUGCAAAAUGUACCACUACGUUGUUCAGGGCCUUAGGGGAAACGGGAAAUGCAAGCACUGUUUACAAACUUCCAGUUUAUACAUCACUUGCAGUGAAAGCUGCAUCAGCUUGACGUCGUCGCAAACCUGGGAAAAAAAAUUACUGCUCAUGAAUUGUGAUGUACUGAUGUGGUACUUACCACCGCGGAAUGUAAAUAAGAUCACGCCACCACAUUAUUUCCA